AAUAAUAUAUCACAGGCGAUGUCGACACUUUGCAGACGAUACUCUGUCCCCGUGGAGAAGGAGUAUAGGUGUUUACAUCCCUCUUUUUUUCCGUUCAUUUAUAUUACUCAAGCUGGAGGAACGGAAGGAAGCUGUGGUACACGGGCCAAGCAUGGCGAGUAGUGUGAUACUGGCAGGCUUGGGACUUGCUGCAGUGGGCUUUGGGGCUCGAUUUGUUAUCCGCACAAUUCCAGCGCUGGGCAAGAAAAUGGCUGAUACUGUUUACAAUGUCCCAAAGCUGGACAGUAAGUUCCAGCUAGAUGAAUGGCUGAGCACUGUACCUAGUUAUAGCAAGACCAGCUUAAUUUGGCAGAUUUUUGCAAGCAGUAAAUACUACAAAGGUGGAUUUGAACCCAAGAUGACGAAACGAGAAGCAGCACUUAUCCUUAAUGUGUCUCCUAAUGCCAGCCAGCAGAAAGUGCGGGCUGCUUAUAAAAGAAUGAUGCUCACAAACCACCCAGACCGAGGUGGCUCACCUUUCAUCAGCUCCAAGCUCAGUGAGGCCAAGGAUCUUCUGGACAAGUAGUUCACCCUGACAUCAUAGACUUUAUGAUGAAAUAUUUAAUAGCGCAAUAUUACAUUUUCUCAAGCUGUGCUGUCUGAGGAAAUUUUGCAUUUUGUAAAUAUCUAAUCAUGUAAGAUUUACAUCUAGCUUGUUUUCAUUUAAACAUGGAAUUAUAUAAAACUUGGUACUGAAUAUCUUUAAUUGCUGAUGAUGAUUAAGAGAUGGGUGUUUCUCAGACAUGCUGUUAUUCUGUGUUCUGAAAAAUAAUAUAUUUUGAGAAAA